UCGAGCCCCGUAGAGAACUGCGCUCCUCUGACUGCGCUUCACCGGACUAGACAUAAACAAAUCAUUAAAAAGCUAAAGGUUUAGUUUCCCCCAGCUGUACGCGCGCUGUCAGGGCUCUCGUAUUUACUGUGGCUGACGGAGAGGAUAGAUCGCUCAUCUGGGAAGACGUCGAAAAGUAACUAAGGUUCACUCGGCCACAGGUAGCUCUUUCUGGGCUCUGAAUAUCAAAGUACAGGUCAUGCGGGUGUCUCCGGACGGCCAGAGAACUGUGAUCCAGUGCCGCUGUUACUGCUAGUCGCCCCGGAGGACGGAUCGCUUUUUGCCGCAACUAAAGCAGGACCGACGGAAUAAAAUAAAGCAUGUCCCGAAGAAAGCAGAGCAAACCCCGGCAGAUCAAACGCUCUAUUGGGGAUCUUAAUGGAGGUGAGGAUCCAUCUGAUGAUGUCAGCAUGUCCGGAGAAGAGGGCGGAGCUUCAGAUCAGGAAGACUCUGCUGAGUGUGACGGUUCAAGUCCGCAUUCGUUUACGCCACUUUAUAAUGAAGAGCCAAGAACGCACGAGUCUCUGGCAAUGGCGGACGAUGGCGAGGAAGAUGAGAAAGGCCUGAAGCACUGCACAGAAGAUGAAGAGGAGGAAGAGGCGGACGGGGAAGGGGAACCCCAGUGGAACGGCCCAGAUGAUCUUGUGCUAAGCAGUAGCGCUGAUGACUUCAAGGUCCUGGCCCUCAGGGACCUGUCAGGUGACACCAUGUGGGGUCCGUUUUCCGGCAGCAUCCAAUCAGGAGAGUCGACAGAUGGACCUGCUAGUGAGAGUCCUGCAAUGUCUCUGGUGUGUGAGGAGCCGGACUGCUGGCUCAGAAGAAUCCCUGUGACCUCAAACUCCACAAACUCAAACUGCACCAUCUACAGUCAGGGAGGAGUGUUGUUCUGUAAGCUGACACAGGAGCUGUCCGCUGGAGAUGCUCUUCUGGCUUCGCUGUCCAGCUCCAGCGGUGAUCAUUCGGCAGGGGCCCACGGCGUGCGGGUGAAGGAGGAGUCUGCGUACCCUGCCGCUCUACACUCGGAGAUCCAGCUCCUCCCGCAGCAGGCUGGCAUGGCUGCCAUCUUAGCCACUGCUGUCGUUAAUAAAGACAUCUUUCCUUGCAAAGACUGUGGGAUCUGGUACAGAAGUGAGAGAAAUCUCCAGGCUCAUCUCAUGUACUACUGCGCAAGCAGACAGAAGCAGCAGACCGCAGCUUCUCCUCCACAGGACAAGCCGAAAGAUUCAUACCCCAACGAGAGGCUAUGUCCCUUCCCACAGUGCAACAAAAGCUGUCCCAGUGCCAGCUCUCUGGAGAUCCACAUGAGAACACACAGCGGAGAGCGUCCGUUUGUGUGUUUGAUUUGCCUGUCAGCUUUCACCACUAAGGCAAAUUGUGAGCGGCACUUGAAGGUUCACACAGACUCGCUGAAUGGUGUGUGUCAUGGCUGUGGCUUUAUUUCCACAACACGAGACAUCCUGUACAGCCACCUAGUCACCAGUCACAUGGUUUGCCAGCCUGGCUCCAACAGUGAGGUUUACUCACCCAAACUGCCUGUGGCUGCAGGCUUGAGUCCAGGAGACUCUGGCAUUGUUCUGAAAUGUCAGGUGUGCGGCUACUCUGCUGACACCCCUGCAUUACUUCAGCAGCAUGUCCACACACACCUGGAAGUGAGGGUUCCAGCUGAGAGGAGCCCCACACCUCGCCAGAGCAGUCCUCCUUCCUCUGAGCUCCCUGAGCUGCAAGAUACAGAGCCUGCUGCCUGCGUACCACGACCCGACUCGUCCAGCCCUGGAGCCAAUGGCAGCUCAGCCUCUCAAGGCUGCAGUCCCUUCAGCCAACUCAACAUCAAAGAGGAGCCACGUUCAGACUAUGAAAAUGAUGCAAAGGAAGAAGAACAAGUGAACAGUCCUCAAGAAAAUGCUGCAGAGGCAAGCUCAUCUCAGCCUACUUCACCUAAGAGCCCCACUAUGGUUGCAGUAAAAGCAGAGCCGGCCAGUCCCACCCCAGGUUCUAGUCCUGCACAUUCUGGAACAGGGGGUUCAGUUCUCCCUGGAGGAGCAGUGUUCUUACCGCAGUACAUGUUUAAUUCUGAGGCAGCCAUAAUGCCCCAGGCAUCUGAGAUUCUGGCUAAGAUGUCUGAGAUGGUACACAGUAGACUUAAACAGGGACAAGGACCAGCAGCUGCACAGCAGAGCUUCUACCCACCAGGCUCUCCAGCCAGCGUUCACAAGGGAGCCACUUGCUUCGAAUGUGACAUUACCUUCAACAACAUCAACAACUUCUAUGUCCACAAGAGGCUCUACUGCUCCAGCAGGCAUCAGCAAGGAGAGACUGGAGGCCUUGUGAAGGAAGGGGCUGUUACUGCAGCUGCUCCUCCUGCUUCCCACGCUGCUUCACCCCAGGCCAGACCAGUCAGCCGUGCAGCUUCAGCCUCACCCAGCUGCCCUGACCCUGCACCAGGAGGAACAGCCUCGGAACCCAAGGUAGUGGAGGUGAAAAUUGAGGAUACAGGGCUGAAAGAUGCUACCUGCUCAUCAUCCUCAGAGGGAGAGGGACCUGGGGGCGGGCAAGCCAGUGAGGGUAGCCAAAGUCCUAGUGGAUCUGCUGAAGACCAAGAUGAUGACCCCACUCGCACAUUUUGCCAGGCAUGCAACAUUCGCUUCAGCCGUCAUGACAACUACAUUGUCCACAAGCGAUUCUACUGCGCCUCUAGACAUGAUCCCACCAACCAGCGCCCCCAUUCUGGCAAGGCUGCUUUCCUACCCCAACCUAUCCGCACACGCAAACGCAAGAAGAUGUAUGAGAUCCACAUGGCUCAAACUGAGGCUUUGGCUAAUGCCACUACUUUGCCAGCAGGAACUAGUUUGGGGGUUAACCAAGAGGGCCCUUCUGUUCCUCUAUUGUCCCAAGUGUCCACUCCUACACGCAGCUCAAGUCCUGAAGGAGAAGGACCUAUAGACUUGAGUAAAAAACCCAGACUAAGAGAGAGCCAGAGAAAGGACAGCAUUCCUGCAUUGCCCCUUUCUGAUUACCACAAGUGCACUGCGUGCAGCAUUAGCUUCAACAGCAUCGAGAACUACUUGGCCCACAAGACCUACUACUGCCCAGCCACUACCAUGCAACCGCAAACUAUGGAGCAACUAAACCGACUGAAGAGACCUGCCUCCACCUCACCGAAGAACAGAGCCGUGGACCAGCACUCUGAUUCCAAAGUCCUUCAGACAGGUAAAACCGCAGCUGUUGCACAUGCAUCUGCUGUACCUGGCUCAGAAUCUACCCCUCCACAUGUGCAGGGAGCAAAGACCCCCAGCACCUCUCCAGUAGUGUGUCCCUACUGCCCUCCCAACAAACUGCUAACCUGUGAUUUGAUGGAGCAUUUUAAAACGACUCAUGGUCUGGUGCUCACACUACAGCAACAUCUUGAGACACAGUCCACUGGAGUCAGUCCAAGUCCUAGCCUUAGCCCACGAGAAGGAGCUCCUCUCACCCCUCCUAAACCAAGCUCUCGCCCUCGUAAGGACAGCUUGAAUGGUCGAAGCAUCAAGCUGGAAGCAACCUCUCCUUCCUCCCCUGUGCUUAAUGGAAGUUCACUAGAAUCUCAAUCUGUGGGAUCUAGGUCUCCAAAAACUGCCCCCCCAGCUCUUUCUCCUAAAGGACUAACUGUGUCACCUGUGCCUGAAACUUUAAGAGAGACGGGGCAGCUCGGCCACAACACAUUGCCCACUGUCCUCCCUGAAAAGGCAGCCCUUGCUAUUAGCCACACCCACACAGUUCCACCGAAAACACCUCUCGCCUCUCCUUUGCAAAAUGGGAACACACGCUAUUGCCGGCUGUGCAACAUCAAAUUCAGCAGCCUCUCCACUUUCAUUGCACACAAAAAAUACUACUGUUCCUCUCACAGUGCCGAGCAUGUCAAGUGAACCCGCUGCCCUGUCAAUUCUGCCAUUCCUCUCAUGCAUAGAAGUGCCAAUCACGGCACUGCCCGACCUGAUCCGGACAGAGCAUGAUAGUGGGACUGUUACUAGCCAGAUACUGAGGUCUCCAUGCCUACCAUGUUAUCUGGUGUUGUUACGAUGGUAACUUAUUACACGUUAUGGGUCAAGUUUGUAUUACACUAAGAGAUGAGACUACCUGCACACAAAUUGUGCCCCACUGACCUAUUCCCACAGUUUAGAAUCUGCUGAUGGAAGGUAACAUCUUGCCCUUUAAUUAGCUGUUUUAAUCACUCCUGUGUUUCAUGUUCAUUUUAAUUAAUAAUGACAAUGUAUAUUGGUAAAAAUUGUUUGUCUGAGCCAUUUUUGGUUUCUUUUGUUUGAAUUCACUGGGGACAAUUCUGACCCCCUAGUGGAGGUCUCGCUAUCGAACAUGGUCUGCAGAUUUUUGUCAAUACACUGUUUAAAAAUAAGAAGAGUAAAUAAAAACCUGGUUAAAAUUAAUGUCACCAGGUUACCAGCUGAAUAUGAAAGGUUUUGAUUGAUACUAAAAUGUGAAGAAACUAUUUAUGUUUUCAGUCCUUAUCCAUUUCACGUUAGUUAAGUUCUACCUAGUUUUGUUUUCAUACUGUCAAAAGGAAUUUCAAUCUUCAGUGUGGUGUAUUUUCUUGGUUCUUUCAUGUGAAAAUGUGUCAUAUUUGACUUUGCUUUGUGUUGAUCAUUGGGACUUGAGAAGUAAUUCUGUAAGUGUUGGUCUAGUAAGGGGGAAGAUGGCACACAACUGUACUGUCUCAGUAUUUGCUCAUGGAUGGAUGUGCAUUGCGGAUCUAAGGACUGUGGCAGGCUUUAAGGGUUUGGAUUUCAGACAGUGUACAAAGUUAGUUGUGUCUCUAGUCACCAGCUCACCUUUGUCUCUGUCGCUACCACAAAACUCUGCACUGGUUCAAAUCCAAAACCCCUUUUAACCUGCAGAAGAAGUGCCAUCUCUACUCUAGACAAACUAUCAUGGACAUGCAGGGAACGGCAUGUUUGUUUGGUCUCUUUUUUCUUUUUAACCUCGAAAUGAAGUAUAGCAUAGAAAAGAUUCAUAUCAAUGUCUUGCACACUGUUGAAUAACGUUGAAGGCCACUGAAAGCAAGAGAAUUCGAAACUGACUCAUUACUCGUAUCGCGUAUUUCUUAAACUGCUAAGCCAGUGUCGCUUUUGUCCUACUCUCGUUUGCUCUGUCAAUUAUUUGCAUUCUUGAUGAUGACUCAGUGAUGGUUUGUGCUCCUCUACAUGUGCGUUGUAUGUUGAAAAGAACAGCGUCAUGCAAUCUAUCCUCCUUUGCAGGCUACCCUUUGCAAAGCCUUAACAAAGACUCUCGUCAAUAUGUCUGAAACAACGGGUCACUUACGUCCAAAAUUCUCAUCACUGUCCCCCCACUAAGUGGACUUUGUGUAUGUUACCAGUGGUGUUUCCCCAUUUCCUGUGUUACAAGAAAGCAACCUCAGUCGUCUCCGCGGUAAGAACAGGAACACGAAAACCGUGUGCAAAUGAGAACAGUUUAAAUUUCUCUCUGCUGUUGUGGGUUUGCAACGGUGCUGCACCAGCUCACACAGAGGCGUUUACAGUUCCAUUGUUUUAUCAUUUAGCGACUGUCGCAAGUCCAAAAGACCAGUGCUGAAAAUCUUUCCGAAUCCCUUUUCUAUUGCACUGUGUUGUACAAAAAUGCUGAAUGUUUUAGUUUUAGGAGCUUUUUUGUAUGUAUUUAUGUUUUUACAGCACUUUUCAUUGUCCAAACCUAUCCCCGAAGGACUUACUCGUGAAUUUAGAACAUUCUAACACAAGUGAAAGGUAAUUCAAAUACUUUGUGAAUAAUUAAAAAUGUUGAUGGAAAAAAGAAAUGAAUGUCAACCUUUUUCUUUGGGUUUGUUUUUUGGUUUUGUUUUUCAGCUACAAAAAGUUCCACUACACACUUGUCCAAACUAUGCAUGGGAAAUAAAGAGUCCAGAAGGACAUUCAAAGUGCAAGAGAACUUGUCGUACUUUUCUCUCUUUGAGCAGUGUGUAGACUCUGAUGCAACACAUAAUGCAU